GAGAAAACUAAAACUAGAAGAGCGUUCGGUUUUUGUUUUUUUUUUCCUCACCGGGAAAAUCCGAAAGGUCUGUGUGUGACUGAUUUCACAGAGUAAUGAACACGAAAUUGAAAUCCGUUAACCGAAUUCAGAUUCUUGAAAAACCGGUUCACCAUUCUCUACUCUAUCUCCGAGCUGUGUUCCUCUUCAUCCCGACUUAAAUAAAACAAAAAGCUUCAAACUUUCUGAUUCCAAAUCCAAUAUAGGAGAAAACCCUUUUUUAUUUCCCCCUCAAAAAGUUUCGUUUUUUUGUUUUUUUGUUGUUCUUUCUGUUGCAAAUGUCAAUGUCUACAUCAAUUUUAUCCGUUUUGUCUGAAGAUCUUCUGGUUCGUAUCUACUGCUUUUUAGACCCACCGUGUCGGAAAACAUGGCGUUUAAUCAGCAAAGAGUGUCUCCGAGUCGACUCGUUGAGUCGUACCACGAUCCGACUCCUCCGAGUCGAGUUUCUCCCGGCGCUUCUCCUCAAGUACCAAAACCUCUCUUCCCUCGACCUCUCCGUCUGUCCUAAACUCGACGACGACGUCGUUUUACGUUUAGCAUUAGACGGCACGGUUUCUACGUCAGGCAUUAAGUCGCUGAACCUGAGCCGAUCCACCGCGGUUCGAGCCAGGGGACUUGAGACGUUGGCUCGUAUGUGUCACGCUCUUGAGCGCGUUGACGUGUCUCACUGCUGGGGAUUCGGAGAUAGGGAAGCGGCGGCGCUGUCGUCUGCCAAGGGGCUGAGGGAGCUGAGGAUGGAUAAGUGUUUGAGUUUAAGCGACGUUGGAUUAGCGAGGAUCGUUGUUGGAUGUAGUAAUCUGAAUAAGAUUAGCUUGAAAUGGUGUAUGGAGAUCUCUGAUCUUGGGAUUGAUCUUCUCUGUAAGAUUUGCAAAGGAUUGAAAUCUCUUGAUGUCUCUUAUCUUAAGAUCACGAAUGAUUCGAUUCGUUCUAUAGCUUUGCUGCCAAAGCUUGAGGUUUUAGAUAUGGUAAGCUGUCCUUUGAUAGAUGAUGUUGGCUUACAAAUGCUAGAGAAUGGUUCUCCUUCAUUACAGGAGAUCGAUGUAACAAGGUGUGAGCGUGUGAGUUUGUCUAGCUUGAUCUCUAUAGUUAGAGGCCAUCCUGAUAUUCAAGUCCUUAAAGCCAGUCACUGUGUAUCAGAAGUUUCUGCAAGCUUCUUACAGUACAUCAAAGGUUUGAAGCAUCUCAAGGUUAUAUGGAUUGAUGGAGCUCGUGUUUCUGAUUCCUCUCUUGUAACCUUAAGCUCUAGCUGUAGAUCUUUAAUGGAGAUUGGACUGAGCAGAUGUGUUGAUGUAACGGAUGUUGGGAUGAUGGCACUUGCACGCAACUGUUUGAAUUUGAAAACUGUAAAUCUAGCGUGCUGCGGAUUUGUGACUGAUGUAGCCAUCUCUGCUUUAGCUCAGACUUGCCGGAAUCUGGAGAUUUUAAAGUUAGAGUCUUGUCAUUUGAUAUCCGAAAAAGGUCUUCAAUCGCUUGGAUGUUACUCCAAGCUUCUUCAAGAACUCGAUCUUACUGACUGUUGUGGCGUAAAUGACAGAGGGCUAGAAUAUAUCUCAAAGUGUUCAAAUCUUCAAAGAUUGAAACUUGGACUCUGCACAAAUAUCUCAGACAAAGGGAUCUUUCAUAUUGGUUCCAAAUGCUCGAAGCUUCUAGAACUUGAUCUAUAUCGCUGUGCCGGUUUUGGAGAUGAUGGUUUAGCAGCUUUGUCUCGAGGUUGCAAGAGCUUGAACCGACUCAUUCUAUCGUACUGCAGUGAACUAACGGACACUGGGGUUGAACAAAUCCGCCAGCUAGAACAUCUAAGUCACCUUGAACUCCGAGGGCUAAAGAAUAUAACCGGUGUUGGUUUAGCUGCAAUAGCGUGCGGCUGCAAAAAAUUGGGCUACUUGGACCUGAAACUCUGCGAGAAUAUUGAUGAUUCGGGUUUCUGGGCACUAGCUUACUUCUCAAGAAACCUAAGACAGAUAAACUUGUGCAAUUGCUCGGUGUCUGAUAAGGCUUUAUGCAUGUUGAUGAGCAAUCUGAGUCGGGUUCAAGACGUUGACUUAGUUCAUCUGAACCGUGUGACUGUAGAAGGGUUUGAGUUUGCUCUGAGAGCCUGUUGCAAUAGGCUCAAGAAGCUUAAACUACUCGCACCUCUCAGAUUCUUGCUCUCAUCAGAAUUGCUCGAGACGCUUCAUGCUCGUGGUUGCCGCAUUAGGUGGGACUGAAGACAUCAAGAACGAUAAGGUUUCUUGCGUUGUAUUGGGCUAUAUCUAUUGGGGUGUUAUUUCUGUUGGGCUACAGUCCAUUACUUGUAAAUGUUGGUUGUUUGUAAACCCUAAUCCCUUGUGUUGUAACCCUAAAGUCGUGUGUAUAUAAACGACGUGAUGAAGUAUGAAUAAAGCAAGCAAGUUCGAUAUC